AUGCCUUGGAGAAGUGGACUAUUUUCAGGAUCGUGAAUCUCUCUCGGUAUCAUGGCCCACGUGAGACACUUUCGGGCGUUACUUUCCGGAUUUUACUUCUGGGAGGCAGCAGUGUUACUCAGGUGGGUCCAUUUGUAUUUAAUGGCAACCACUUGCAAGUCUCUGAACACCCUUAAUGUUUUCAUCUCUUUUCCAGGCCCUCCAGUUAACGUCACAUGCAACAUAUUCAUCAACAGCGUUGGCUCCAUCGCAGAGACCACCAUGGACUACAGAGUGAAUAUUUUUCUUCGUCAGAAAUGGAACGAUCCUCGUCUUGCCUACAGUGAAUAUCCUGAUGACUCUUUAGACCUGGACCCAUCCAUGCUGGACUCCAUUUGGAAACCCGACCUGUUCUUUGCCAAUGAAAAGGGUGCCAACUUUCACGAAGUCACUACAGACAACAAAUUGCUAAGAAUUUUCAAAAAUGGAAACGUUCUUUAUUCAAUAAGACUGACACUAACACUUUCCUGUCCGAUGGAUCUCAAGAAUUUUCCAAUGGACGUACAAACAUGUAUUAUGCAACUUGAAAGCUUUGGAUAUACAAUGAAUGACCUCAUUUUUGAAUGGCAAGAUGAGGCUCCUGUACAAGUGGCAGAAGGACUUACUUUGCCCCAGUUUCUAUUAAAAGAAGAAAAAGAUUUACGCUACUGCACUAAGCAUUACAACACAGGAAAGUUUACCUGUAUAGAAGUGCGAUUCCAUCUUGAACGACAAAUGGGAUACUAUCUGAUCCAGAUGUACAUCCCCAGUCUCCUGAUUGUCAUUCUAUCCUGGGUUUCCUUCUGGAUCAACAUGGAUGCAGCUCCGGCCCGGGUGGCUUUGGGAAUAACCACUGUACUCACCAUGACCACACAGAGCUCGGGGUCACGAGCUUCCUUACCAAAGGUUUCGUAUGUCAAAGCUAUUGACAUCUGGAUGGCGGUGUGCCUCCUUUUCGUGUUUUCAGCCCUUUUGGAGUAUGCAGCUGUAAAUUUUGUAUCAAGGCAACACAAAGAACUUCUAAGAUUUCGGCGAAAGAAAAAGAGUAAGAUGGAAGCUUUGGCAUUGGAGAAGUUUUGCCGUUUUUCAGACAUGGAUGAUGAGGGGAAGGAAAGUCGAUUCAAUUUCACAGCCUACGGAAUGGGACCAUGUCUACCAGCAAAAGACAGUGUCACCCCUAAAGGCCCAAACCUUCCUGUCCAGGUAAUGCCAAAAAGUCCUGAUGAAAUGAGGAAGGUCUUUAUCAACCGUGCCAAGAAGAUUGACACCAUCUCCCGAGCCUGCUUCCCAUUAGCCUUUUUGAUUUUUAAUAUUUUCUACUGGGUUAUCUAUAAAAUUCUUAGGCAUGAGGAUAUCCAUCAGCAACAAGAUUAAAUCUCUGGGAG